AUGGACCUCAACGAAAUACAGAAUGCCACUGCGCGCUUCUUCACCGAUGCCAAUGCGCAGUUCAAUCGCAUACCAGGCUCCGCCAUCGCAGUCCGCUAUAUCAAGUCGAGUUACCAAAACGACCCCGUUCGCAGCGCGAUAGAGCUGUUCUUGUUCCUCUUCGCAGUCCGCUAUCUGCUUGCACCCAAAUACAGCACGCAGAAGAAAGUGCAGCUCACCGAUGCUGAGAUCGAUGAACUGGUCGAAGACUGGACCCCAGAACCGCUUGUUGCACCUACUACUGCCCUCGAAGAGCUAGAAAACGAGAAGCGACCCAUUAUUGUUGGACCUACCGGCCCCAAGUCGAAGCUCUCCAAUGGCCGCACCGUAACGAACCUUGCCUCGUACAACUUCUACAACUUCCUCUCCAACGAUGUCCUCAAAGACAAGGCCAUCCAGACCCUGCGCACAUACGGCGUCGGCCCCUGUGGCCCCCCUGGUUUCUAUGGUACACAAGAUGUCCACAUGAAGACCGAAGCCGACGUCGCUGCACAUCUUGGUGUCCCCGCCUGCAUCAUUUAUGCGCAAUCCUUCUCGACGAUAAGCAGUGUGAUUCCCAGCUUCAGCAAGAGAGGAGACAUCAUUGUGGCGGACCGUGCGCUCAACUUUGCUGCAAGGAAGGGCAUUCAGAUUAGUCGCAGUACCGUUAGGUGGUUUGAACACAAUGACAUGGACGAUCUAGAGAAUGUCCUCAAGAAGGUUGUCAAGGAGCAGGCAAAGAAGCCGCUUACUAGACGCUUCAUCAUCACCGAGGGUCUGUUCGAAAACAUUGGGGAUGUGGUGAACCUGCCAAAGAUUAUUGAACUCAAACUCAAGUACAAAUUCCGUCUCAUUCUCGACGAAACCUGGUCCUACGGCGUCCUCGGUCGCACCGGCGGCGGCGUCACCGAAGCGCAAAACGUCGAUGCAGCAGAAGUAGACAUGAUUAUCGGUUCGCUCUCUGGCCCCCUAUGUGCGGCAGGAGGUUUCUGCGCCGGCAACGAGGAAGUCGUUGAGCACCAGCGCAUCUCCUCCGCGUCUUAUACCUACUCCGCUGCCCUCCCUGCUUUGCUGAGUACGACAGCCAGUGAGACCAUCAGCCUGUUACAACAACAACCGGAUAUCCUGGCGGGACUCAGGGAAAAUGUAAAGGCGAUGAGGGGACAACUGGACCCCAGGAGUGAUUGGGUCAGGUGCAGUAGUUCGGGAGAUAACCCGAUCAUGCUGCUUGUUCUCAAAGACGAAGUCAUUGACAACAAGAAAUUGAGCAUUGAUGAUCAGAACCAGAUCUUCAGAGAAGUUGUCGACGAGUGUCUCGCAAACGGCGUUCUCAUAACACGACUCAAGUCUUUUCCUCUCGGUCUUGGACUAAACCCCCGCGACGCUGGCUGGCAACCUACCCCUGCACUCAAAGUGUGUGUGACCAGCGGUCUGACGAAGAAGGAGACAGAGAAGGCUGGCACUAUCAUAAGACACGCCAUCACCAAGAUCGUGAGCAGGCGAAAGUAG